GCUAAUAUUUGAUCAAAAUCAGUGUUGAGAUAAGGUUAACAAUAUUAUCUGUUCUGUGCUGCGUUAUCGAAGAGGCGUCAUUGUCCCUUUACACCAUUCUCUCAGUUGCUCAGGCGAGGUCUGCGAAUAGUGGUCUUAAGUUAUGUCAGUGAUUCAUGAUAAGUCGAGUAGACCUCCUUGUUAUCUGAGGUUAAGUCACUGAUCCAAGUGAUUGUCGAUAGUAUUUGACUAUGGACCAGAUACAAAAUCUAUUUUCUCAGACUGACUGCAACAAAUCUUAUGUUCCAACCGCAGAGGAGUACCAUCAGGCUCUGGGGUCAUACGGCACAGCACUGCUGGCCAUCGGAGGGCUCAUCACCGUGGGCCUCUACAUUCUCUUCUUCGAGCAAGCCUUCUUCACGCUCCUCAACGCCCACCGGAUCUUUCGUCGUCACAUAUACUGGAUCGCAUCUGUCUCCCCGUUUAUGGCCCUAAUGAGUGUCAUCGCAACGGUGGUUCCCAGAGCUCAUAACAUCUGUACGUCUGUUAAAAUCACGUAUAUGGCCAUCGGAAUCAGUCACUUCACGGACCUGACAGUGCUGAUGUUCGGCAGCGAGGCUGUCAUGCUGGCCAAGACGGAGGGAAAGAAGUUGAACCUCCAAGUGGGGCCAAGCUGCUGCUGCUGCUGCUGCCUUCCCUCUCCACCUGUCACUAAGUUCUCCCUGCGGCUGGUAAUGCUGAUGGUGGACCAGCUGCCCUUCUCCCAAGCUGCGUACUACAUCACAAUCCUUAUCCUCAUCUCUGCUGAUAUUAUCACCCUGGGAAAUGUGAAUCCAAGUGGAGUAUAUUUGUGGUUAAGCUUGUUCAACCUGAUCUUCCUCAUGGGCGGAGUCUACGCCUUGCAGAUCCUCACUACCUUCUCCAGGGGCCACUUGGAACGCUACAACUACACUGCAAAGUCGUUCUCGAUGAAGACGUUAGUACUGGUGACCAACCUGCAAAGUCUCAUACUUGAUAUCAUGGCCAACUAUGGUGCCUUUCCUUGCAUCUCUCCAUACCUACCUCCACAGGUCUACAAGCAGACUGUUGAGAACUCCAUCUACCUGCUGGAGAUGAUGGUCCUGGGAAGUUACACAUAUUGGCACUAUCACAACCGCAAAUUCCUCUAUUCCAACCCCUCAGAGGUCGAGCAUAUAGCAACAAGCAAACAUUCAUCUGUCGGAAGCAUGGAAGGCAGCAACGACAACAGUGAUAUAAACUUAACCACCAGUACCAAAAGCACCAUCUUGGAGAUGAACUUUGGAGACGUUAACGAGACUCAUGUCAGCGACAACAACAGUAAGAGCACCUAUCGUUUCUACGAUGUGACCAGUGACACCAGUAUCAAGAAUAUCAGUAACAGCAGCAUCACCAAUAAUAAUUACAAAAGGCGUCCCACUAACGUCACUACUCUGACGAAUUCAGGAAAUCUCUCUCCAGUAGCACUUAGACAAAAAAAUAUGAACACAGCCCCAGGGCAGAGAGAAUAUCAGGAAAGAUUUGUAGUAGCUGGAGACCUUCCUUGUUUCGUUGUGCAUCGCUCUAACGAUGGACAAGAUGAGACAGUGAUCGCCCACGUUGAUCAGAAACCGUCCAGUAAACAUCGCAGUGUGUCGAGGGUCAAUGGUGGACCUUUUCAGAAUACAAAGCGACACAAAGAACGGAUAACACUGAAAUUUUCACCCGACAAUGAACACAGGUCAAGCGCUACUCAUAACUCUCAACUGAGACGAGCUUCUUACUAGCUUCAUGUCGAAGGAGAGUAUAUUAUAAAAACGUUAGUCAGGCAAGCACUGAUUGUUGUUAACAAGCUAUUUUGGGUUAAGGGAAGACAUGAUUGAAAGUUAUUUUGAGUCUUUCACAAACCGUGCCGCAGAGUCCCUCUCCCAGUGUAUCACAGAUUGUGCUGAAGUCUCUGCAGUACUCAGGUAUCUUUCUGCAGUUACAUAGCCUGAACUAGUCUACGACACCUGAAAAAUACAGAAGAAUGUGUCUGGAAUUCUCCGACAUCGUGCACUUUGAAACCACUUCCCGAAACAAGGGUAACUUUCAAUUAGUCAAACUUUUGGCACAUUGCUUCACUGAAACUGGAAUAACAGGGACGUAAAAUGUUUUACUCUUUACAGCACUGGCUUAUAUUAUAUAUCUUAAGUCCUUUCUAAAAUUUUCUCUUAACUUUUAAAAAUAUACUUUUUUUCAUUUAUGUUAAUGUAAUAAUUAAUAAUUUUGUACCAAAAGAACCUUAGAAAACUUACCGACCCUUGGAGUUAAUGCAAAAUGAAGCUCUCAGGAUUAUUCUUGGCUGUCCCAGAUCUACAAAAGUUCUUAACAUGAGGAAGGAGCUUGGUAUUUCUAGUAUCAGUGAUAGGAUUGUUGAAAUUAACACUGUACUCGGUAUUAGAAUGUUGAGAAACGAACCAGACACUGUCACAGUGAAUCUUACCAAGUGUCUAGAGGUAAAUACACACAGAUCUAAAUGGAUUGUGAAAACGUGCAAUUGCAUUAAGUUUUAUAACCUGCAUGAACUGUAUCACUGUAGGCAACAAGAGCAUUUCACCCCUCCAUGGAAGAUGUGUUCAUUUAAUAUCACAUACCUACAAGUUCCUCCCAAGAAGCUCAUUGCUAGUAAUCCCUUCCUUAAAUCUCUUGUUAGAGCAACUGCUCAAGAAGAAAUUUCUCACCUAGCUGGUAGUAACAAGUUAUCACAAGUUAUAUACACUGAUGGAUCUAAACAGGAGUCUUCUGGCAGGGCUGCAUCUGCUCUUGUUGCCACCUCCCUAGUUAAGAACGAUAAUAAAUUUGUUGAGUUAG